CUCUCUCCCCAACGCCUCUCUCUCCUUCCCCAAAUCGCCACCGCCGCCCACUCCCAGCACCGGCAGCCUCCGGCGAUCUCCCGCGCCGCCGCGUACCAGCGCCUCUCCGCCUCGCCUCUCUCCUCAAGCCCCCCUGCCGCCUCGAAAUCCUCCAAGCCGACACCCUUCUCCCCAACCUUCCACGGCGGCGGCGGCGGCGUGAUUUGGUCGGAGCCCCAGCGUCUAGUAGCAGAAGCUCCGCCUCGAACGGGAAAGGUCUCAGCCGCACGGUGGAAGCAGGGCUUCCGCUUCGUUCCCGACGGCACAGCCCCCUAAAUCCUGCGCCUAAACCUUCCAAAUCUCGAGUGGGCCUAGAGUUUGUUCGGAGUGUCACUUGCCGCUUCCCUAAUCUGCCGGAGGCGGCGGCGGUAGGAAUGUCGGACGAAGAUGGCGACCCCGACUGGCUUACUGCCUUCAAGGCACCAAGUACUGCACCGGUGAUGCUUUCUUCUGAUUCCGAUCGUUCUCGUGGAAAUAGCCCUACAAGAACUGGUGCAUCUGAACAAGAAGAAAAGGCUCCGAGGAAGAAGUUGAUGCUCUCAUCUGAUUCUGAAGCUUCUCCUGGAAACAGCCCUUCAAGGGCUGGUGACGCUGAUGAAGAAGAGGACUCACUUGCCAAUACCAGGAAAAAAGAUGAUCAGCAAUCUAAGGGUAAAAAAACAAAGGUUGCUGCAAGAAAAGUUCCUGCGAAAAGAGAUGAUACCUUGGAACAACCCGAAGAUGAAGCUAAUGAGGAAAAAAUGCAGGACAAGCUUGCGGAUAAUUCUGUCUCCCAGAGGUUGCCAUUGACCAUUGCUGAUAAAGUUCAACGUUCAAAGGCAUUGGUUGAAUGUGAUGGUGACUCGAUAGACUUGAGCGGAGAUAUUGGAGCUGUCGGCAGGAUAGUAAUUUCAAAUGGUCCGACUGGAAAUCAUGAUUUGUUACUGGACCUGAAAGGAACUGUGUACAAAUCAACUAUAGUGCCAUCCAGGACAUUUUGUGUGGUCAGCGUGGGACAAACAGAAGCAAAGAUUGAGGCUAUCAUGAAUGACUUCAUUCAGUUGGAACCUCACUCCAAUUUAUUUGAAUCAGAGACUAUGAUGGAAGGUACCCUUGAUGGAUUCACAUUUGAUUCAGAUGGAGAGGGUGAUAGGCUUCAUGAACUUAACGCUUCUCAGAAUGAUCCAAACAAUGAGAAUGAAGAUCAACCUAAGGGGAAAACCAAAAGGAAAGCAACCGUGAAGCCAGCGGCAAAGGGACAGAAGAAGGCAAAGGUUGCUAAGAAGGGAACAAGGAAAACCCAAACAACGAAGAGAGCGAAGAAGGCAAAGAAAUAGUUACUUGCCGAAGAACUGGGGUAUUCACUCUGAACUAGUUUCUGAAAUAGUAAGGAUGAGGAUUCACUCUGCACUGACACAACGAAGCGAUGCCCUAUAACUGAUCCAGGUUUGGAUAUAGGGUAGCUGUUGGUGAGCCCACAUGUUACAUGAUCUGGGCUAAUUUUAUUUUUUUGACUGAAUUGGUGUACCAUGUUGUACUUUUUUUAGGAAGACAAGGGGGAACACAGUGUUGUAAUGCUAAUACCAUAUACUGUGUACUGGUAGUUAGCCAAUUCAGUAUCGAGAAAUCAAACACUUCAUAUUUGUUUGUAAUAAGGAGAUGUGCCUUGUUAUGCAUGUGCAGUGAUUCCAUUGUAUUCAAGUGUAACAUGCAGUUGUGUGAUCA